CGGAACAGUCCUUUGAGGAAGAUGUGAAAGACGAGACCUUCUCAGGAAAGAAUGAGAGAGAAGAGAGAUGAAAGUAUGGUGAAAGAUCUCUCUGGGUUGUAUGAUGGAAGGACUGGGAAAGGAGAGAUCCAUAUGCAGCGCUAGUCCCUUCCCAUGGCUCAGUCACCCCAAAACAGAGGCCUCAACCCUGCUAUGGAAACUCAAAGACUGCUUCUCCACCACUGAGACAACCACCCCUCAUCAUACAGAUAAAGAAAAAAAUUACAUGGAGAGCAGAAAGCCUGUGCUGGAAUUGAAAGAUGUCCCUCCUCCUCCUCCUCCUCCACCACACCAUACGUCCUCCUCCCAACCAUCCCAGCCCUUUUCUCUGGCCCCUCUCCCUUUGCCUCAUCCCCGCUUACCUCCUCCACCUCAGCUUACACAAGGCUCCCACCAACAACAGCCACCACAUCAGCAACUAGAGGGGGCAACCCCUAAAGUAAGCAUUUGCACUCAUUGUGACUACUGCAGCACAGACGGCUAUGGCUUAUUGGGUGGUGGAGGUGUUGUUGGUAGCAGUAGCAGCAUUGCUGGUGUUGUGUCACUCUAUAUUGCCCCAGGCUCUGUGGGAGCACCCAUCAGCAACAGCGGUAUUAGCAGGUCUGGGCCUUGCUCUGUAACCUCAUCUGUUCAUCAGUAUAAAAAUAACUUGAGCUGUGGAAGAGAAGGUGAAACUCUUGAUCCUUUGCUCAGUCUUGGCUACAAACCUCAACUGCCCUCUUCUGUUGCUACCUCUCAGCCUGUUUCAUCACACCCCUACCUCCCCUGCUGCUCAGGACUUCUCCACACCUACCCAGCUGCACCUCUUCCAUGCAGUCAACCCAGCUUUUUUCCCUCCUCAGCUCCUUUAGCUUCCUCUCUCCCCUCUGUUUCCACUCUACCUGUUUCGUUGCAUGGCUCUUGCCUGGCCUCUUCUGGCUACUACACCUGUGGUGUGGACUGCAGCCCAUCAGCCAGAAGAUCCCAGAGAAGCACACUCGGUGACCACCCAACCUCCACCACCAUCACUACUACAACCACCUCAGCACACUUCUGCUCUAAUCCUAUGCACCUUAAUGUAGAACGCACGGUUUGUGUGAAGGGGGCGCACUACUGCCAAGAGUGCUUUUUGAAGCCAAUGAAUGGUCUGGCAUCAGAGUCAGACAAGAUAUGGCCCAAUGUUCCUGCUCCCCAGACUGCUCCUAUCCCUAUCCCGAUUUGCAAUGGCUGUGGCACCUCCUCUGAUAGCAUGAUGCUCAUGCCAUCAACCAGCCUUGGCAAGAUUGGCCAGAAGUAUGGUUCACCAGAGAAUAGUGGUCCUGAGAACAUCCCUCCAGUUGGUGUCUUCUGGGACAUUGAGAACUGCAGUGUUCCCAGUGGACGCUCUGCUGGAGCUGUGGUCCAGCGUAUUCGCAGCCGUUUCUUCCAGGGUCAUCGGGAGGCAGAAUUCAUUUGUGUCUGUGACAUCAGCAAGGAGAGUAAAGCUGUCAUCCAGGAGCUUAACAACUGCCAGGUUACUGUUGCACAUAUCAACGCCACAGCCAAGAAUGCUGCGGAUGACAAACUUCGCCAGAGCCUGCGACGCUUCGCUGAGACCCACACUGCCCCUGCAACUGUUGUACUAGUGUCCUCUGAUGUGAACUUUGCAAGUGAGUUGAGUGACCUGCGUCAUCGCCAUGGUUUCCAGGUAAUCCUGGUGCAUGGCAACCAUACAUCUUCAGCCCUUCUGCAGCACGCCCAUCGCCACGUGGCCUUUCAGGAGAUCACCGCUGAUUUGCCACCACGAAUGCUUGUCAAAGCACAGCCCAGUUUCAACCUCCUCUAUGUGCACAACCUCCCUGUCAACUGUGACAAGAGCCUGCGGAACGCUGUGAAGCUCAGGCUCCGCCGCCUGUCUGACAACUGUGGUGGCAAGGUGCUGGGCAUGUCCCAGGGCACAGCAGUCCUCCGCUUUGGCAGCCCUGAGGCAGCUGCGCGUGCCCGCAAGCGAAUGGAAAAUGAGGAUGUGUAUGGCCGCCGAAUCAGCCUCUCCUUCUCCCCACGGCCCAGAGACGAUGCAAGUCUUGAGCCUGAGAUUCAAUCUCAGCCCCAUCACUUGCUUCAGGCUCUGCCCCAACCCUAUCAAACCCAGGAUUCAGUGUUCGCCCCUCCCCCAUCUAUAUCCUCCUUCUCUUUUCUGCCCCUGGAGAAGCCCAGGUCACCCAGGAGGCCACGGCGAGCAACCCGCCCGUGCCACACCCCUGGCCCAGUGCCUGAAAGGCCCUACAGCCCCAGGAGGGGGUGCAGUGGGCCUCCCGGUGGUGCUCCAGCCAAGCCCCGUCAGGAGCUGGGUAGUUUCGAGGGCAAGUCCAGAAUGGGCUUCCACCAACUGGAUAAAGGGCGUGCUGCUUCCUCUUCCCCCCACAGUAAUGGUGAGACCGGGGCCAUGGAUCAGCUGUCCAAACCUGGCCUCACUGGAGAAUCCAUGUACAGGCGGAGAAGAGAGGGCUCCAAUCCUCGCAGCUUGACUGAAUCCCCUGUAGAACAAGGUGACAGGAGCUCAGGGGAAUUCCAGAUUAGCACACCCUCAGCCUUCAGCAAGCUGAACCUGCAUAGGAGCUUCAGUCCUCUUGUCCUCUCCCAGGGCUCCUGGUCCUCCAGGAGUGUGUCCCCCUGCCUGUCCAGCCGCUCCUCACCUGUUCUUGCUGCCCCUCGCAGCCCCUGUCCUGAAGGUCCACCUGAGCCGUUCUCAGAGGGGACCGAGGUCCAGGUGGGCAACCUGGACUAUAGAAUGUCGCGCAAGGAUCUGCAGCAAACACUGCAGGACACCUUCUCUCGAUACGGGCGGGUGAAAGCUGUGGAGCUUAGCCCCCACACUGACUAUCAGCUGAAGGCCACAGUUCAGAUGUUGUCCCUACAGCACGCUAUCAGCGCUGUCAGUGGCCUGCACCGUUACAAGAUUGGGAGCAAGCGCAUUCAGGUGUCUCUGGUCACUGGUGGCAGCAGCAAAUCUCUUGUCAUGCUCAGCACAGAGAUCAUCAGCAUUCUUCAGGAUGCCCCUGCCAAUUGUCUUCCCCUGUUCAAGUUCACAGAGAUCUAUGAGAAAAAGUAUUGCCGUAAGCUGGUGGUUGGGGAUCUUUACAGACUACCAGAGGUGGUGGCCGUGCGGGAACAGGGGGGCUCAAGGCUUGUGUGCCUUCUGCCCAGCAGCCAAAUCCGCCAGAGUCCACUGGGAUCUUCCCAGUCCCAGGAAGGCUCCUCUUCUGCUAGUGGUAGCCCCGUAGUGUUUGAGGAGCUGGAGUACCAUGAACCUGUCUGCAGACAACACUAUGCACAGCAGGACUUCAGUGAGGCUGACUUUGACCCUGACUCCUAUAAAAUCCCAUUUGUUGUGAUGUCUCUGAGCACCUUAGCCUCUGAGGUCCACAGUCUGUUGCAGUCACAUGAGGGAACCCUUCCACUACUCAGUUUUCCAGACUGCUAUGCAGCAAAAUUCAGCCCACUGCAGCUGGGCAAUGAGACAUUGGAGGGUGGUGUUCCCCUGGAGCACCUCAUUACCUGUGUCCCUAGUAUCACAAUAGUCACAGCUCAGAAUGGCUUUAAAGUCAUUAAGUGGAUCCACAACAAACCACCAGCACCAAACCAAACUGAGCCAUGGAUUCAGCGCUGCAAAAGUCCAGUGGGCAACCCUCAGCUCAUUCAGUUCAGCCGAGAGAUUAUUGACCUGUUGAAGAGUCAGCCUUCUUGCAUCAUGCCCAUCAGCAAGUUCAUACCCUCAUACCACCAUCACUUUGCCAAACAGUGCCGUGUCUCUGACUAUGGCUACUCCAAACUGUUGGAGCUGCUGGAGGCUGUGCCACACGUUCUGCAGAUCUUGGGCAUGGGUACCAAGCGUUUACUGACCCUGACACAUCGUGCUCAAGUGAAGCGCUUCACCCAAGACCUGCUCAAACUGCUCAAAUUCCAAGCCAGCAAACAAGUGGCCAUCAAGGACUUCAUGCAGGCGUACCAUUGGUGCUUCUCCAGAGACUGGAGGGUUAUUGACUAUGGCAUAUGUGACCUGAUGGACCUCAUGACUGAGAUCCCUGAAACCACUAUUACCAUAACACACCACACCACGGACACGGUCAUCUCUGUUCCCAAAAGAGAGCGUACCGUGGAGGAAAUGGAGCGUACCAAGCAGUUUGCAAAGGAAGUGGUGGACCUGCUUCGUCACCAGCCUCACUGUCGAAUGCCCUUCAGUAAGUUCAUCCCCACCUAUCACCAUCACUUUGGUCGUCAGUGCAAGCUCAGCUACUAUGGCUUCACCAAGCUUAUGGAACUCUUUGAGGCGAUCCCUGACGUACUGAUGGUGUUGGAGUGUGGUGAGGAGAAAGUGUUGACUCUGACAGAGGUGGAGCGUAUCAAGGCCUUGGCGGCUCAGCUGGUCAAGCUGCUGCGGGCUCAGAAAAACUCCAGCCUUCCUGUCUGCCAGCUGCUCACAGAGUACAGCAAGACCUUUGGUUACGGUCUACGCCUGCAGGACUAUGAUGCCAGCUCCCUGCCAGCUCUGCUGACCAAACUCUGCCAUGUUGUCAAGGUGGUGGAUGGCUUGGAGGGACGGGAAGUACAGCUUAUCAACAGGAAGUCUCUGCGCUCGCUGACAUCCCAACUACUGGCUCUGCUCAUGUCCCAGGAAGAGGAGCAGGUCACCAAGGGUCUGAAGGUGGAAGAGCUAAGCCAUCAUUACCUGACUGUCCACGGAGCCCCGCUCAACCCAUGUGAAUAUGGGUUCCUCUCCCUCAGUGAGUUACUCAAGAGUCUGCCCUACCUUGUGGAGCUAUACUAUGAGGAGAUUGAUGAAGACUGUAAAACUGGCAACACUGCCACUGAUCAUGGUGAGGAGUGGGUGAGGCUGACCAGGCUUUACCAGUUUGCCCGUAACAUACGUGCCCUGCUCCACACCUACCAUUACAACCAGCUCUUUCUGACUGAGUUCCAGGGAGCUUACAAAAAAUUCACAGGCUGCAGCCUUGAGCCACGUUCCUACGGAUACGCCAGUACUGAUGAGCUGCUCAGCGCCAUCCCACAGGUGGUGUGGAUCAAAGGACAUGGUCACAAGAGGAUUAUCGUUUUGAAGAACGAUAUGAAAGCAAGGACAAGCUCUUCAGUCCCCAACAGCCCCCAGCCAGAAGAGAAUACAGAAAGCCCGAGAGGCAGCCCCGUUAGCAACACAUCUGGAGCCCAGAGUCCAGGAGGCGAUGAAGCUGCAGAGUCUGAGCUGCUGUGUCUGACGUCCCCAGUGGACCUGCUGUGUGGUCCUGUACCAUCCUGCUUACCAUCGCCUCAGCUUCACCCCGACCCCGUUCUCCUCCAGCAGGCGGACCUGAUUCGCUUUGAGGAGAGAACGCCACCACCAACAGACGAGUGUGACGAACUUGAGGUGGCAGCUGCUGCAGUCACUGACAGCACAUCUGAUCCAUCUGAGCAGCCUGGCAGCACAGAGAACUCUGCAGUCACCAAACUUCCAACCGCCCCCAACAUGAAGACCCCCUUGUCUAUGGACAGUCCCAGCAGAAGAGCUACACGCAGCAGAAUCAAGCUAGCUGCCAACUUCUCAUUCACAGCAGGCCUCUGAUCCUCACACAUACACAUCCAGUCUCAUGCACACAAAGCAAUACUAGUUCACACAUAGUGUAACUCUAAAUGGAAGAGUUGACCGGCUACACUAAACACAGUACAGGAAUUAACCCCAGAAGAGCAUUGGUGUUGUCCCCUCUACAUCCAGACAGGCUGUUGCAUUCUUCUGCUUUCUUCUUUGUUGUUCAUCCGCCAUCUUUGUUACUCUUUGCUUAUUUCAGUGUGUUCUUCCAGUGAUGCUCACCAAGCUAUGAUUUUUCUUCUUGCAGAUUUUCUGCAAUUCUUUAAUUUGCCAAAUUCAUCUACCAUAACUGUUUGAUUUCAUCCCGACAGAAGUUAAUUUACAAUCCCACAAAUGUGCAUCUUCAGUUUAGAGUCACGUUGUGACGAAAGGCAUGUUAGCUUACAGAUAAUUAAUGACAUUGAGUUAGUUGUCACUGUUUAGAGUAUAAAUUAACAAUGGGAGAAAUGCCAGGGAUGAGGUUUUCUAUAUGGAAUUCAAAAAAAAUUUUAGCUACCCACAUAAAUAACUGAAGAUUUGUUGAUGUUUUGUUCAUGAACCAUAUUGAGAAAUUACUUCGCUGGAUUCCCAAAAAUAGAAGAUUUCAUUUAUGACAUUAACUCAUUUUUGAACUAAUUUCAAAUUUUGGAGAUUUUACUUUGUAGGUAACCAUAGACAUGUCAACCAAACUGGCUGAUAAGCCCCUGACUGAUUAAUUCUUUUAGUCUUCUCUGUGGAUUUCUGAAGAGGUCGCUUCUCUUUGAGGUAUAUUCUCAUCUUUUGUCUCUGUUGUAAAGCAGCCUAAGGACAGUAUUUUCAGUUCCUUUUAUAUAAUGCAGAGUAUUUUGUAGUCUGUGGAGGAGUUUGGCCUAAAUGUGUGGUGUAUUUGGUGGCAAUUCAGUGAUGGAACUGGAGAGAAACCACAGUGUUAACUGUUCAGAUUAUGUCUUCUUUAAUAGAAGCUAACAGCCUUUGAACAGUUAAAGUUUGGAUCGAAAGGUUUUGAUGUUGCGACAAACACUGCUCUCAGGAAUUUUUAUUCUUGUAGUAUUUUGACUUAAUUUAUAGCAAAGUUUUUGGCUUGUCUCUCCGAAGCCACUAAUGAAGGCCUGAAAGAGAAAAGGUGGCUCUUUAAAACUCCAGCCAGGUGUGUGCUCAGGCAGCAGGAACUGACAUAUACUUUGAUUGUUAGUCUUCAGCCAGCAGCCAGUGGUGUUUGUGUUCUCUUAGCUAUAUUUUGUCUGUUUGUGGUUUACACUGGAGUAGGUGGUGUGAAAUGUGAAUGGUGUGCAUAAAUGAGUUUAUGCAUGGUGUAAGCCCAGGAGGAGCAGACGGGAACAGAUGAUCGCAAGACAUUCUUUAAGAUCAGUCUUUUAUUUCCACCAUGUUUUAAGGAUCUUAAGAGUUGGCGUCACUCUUGCAGUUGCCAGAGAAAUGCGCAAGGUUUUUUUUUGAGUCAACCUUGUUGCUGGCAGGCACUGUAUCAGUGGUGGUGUCCACACCGUCUGAGUUGAUGAGUUCGAGGGGAGCAGUGAGCACUCCUGAGUUUUUGAUUUUUAAUGACAAGGCGAAUGGUUGUGAGUUUUAGGGAGAAGAGAUGGGACAGGAGGCGAUCGGCGGUUUGUGGAGCAGCAUGGCGGCUCUAAGUAGCCUCCUGAACAGUCUGACGUACACACAGAGGACCCUCUGCGGCUCUCUGGAAUCUGCACGGCUUUUACAAUGGCUUGUAUUUGCCGCGGUGCCAAAGGAAUUGCCAUCGUACGCCCCCCCCCCCCAUCCCUAACAUCCCACGUAGAGAAGUUUUUACUUGCUGAUGUGUGUUGGUUUUCUCCGUUUUCCUCAGUCUCAAGUGUUUACAAGGCUGCUGGCUGCUCAAUUGCCACCAACUAAUGUCGCUGUCCCUGAAGUUUAGCACAACCCAAGUGUGCCGCAGUUCAAAGAAUGGGUAAAAGCCCAUUUAAUCAGUUUCUGUGCAGUAUCAUUGUUUAGCAGUGUUAUACCAUGAGUUUUCUUUGUCAGACUUGAUUUUGACUCGGUGCCUUUUUAAUGCUGGGACGUUCCACCUGCCAACGCAUCAAAAUGUCUGAAACACCAAUCUAAAUGUUUUUAAAUAGGGCUGUUAUGGCUCGCCUCUUCUACAAUGUUUUACUGGCUGUCUGGAAACCUCUUUGAUGUAGGAAUGAGCAGUUCAGAAUAAUUAUUUAGAAUCGCUGAUAGAAAAUGCUCACAAGAAAUGCCUAGAUUUAAAUUUUGUGGUAGGGAUGCAUUACUUUUUGUGUACGUGAGCAAACCGUAGCACUCCCCAGAGUACCGCAGUGACAACUAACUCGCAUGUAUAUUUAACUUCCCUGGUUAAGCCUUCUCUCGACAUUUGGUUACAUCAGUGAGAAGCUAUUGUACCUGUCAAAAUAUGCACUUCUGCAUAGUUUUGGUUCAUGAAAUAUAUGUGAAAUUAUUUUUAGUGUUUGGAGCAAGGUUGAAAAAAUAUUUGUCUUGGCCUCUUUGUUUGUUCUGUAUGUCACUCUGUCUUACUUAUUCAGUUUUUGCAUUGCAUGACGCUUCUGCAGUCCUGCAAUCUACUGUUAAAGAAUAAUUUCAAGGAACUUCCUUUAGUCCUCACUGCAGUGUCUUUAAAUCUCCUGCCUUGUGAUAAUAUUUUGUUUACGUGCUCAACAGUUGACUCACUGAUGUCUCCCCCCCACACACACACACUGAGAUUGUAUUAUUGCCUCACCACACCAGAAGUCGUUGUAACAGUCUAACAUUGUUGAAGGGACCAAAAAGAUUUCCGUUUAAUAAAUUUCACAA